GACGUCGCGGUCGUCGGUUGUUCGUUUUCUCAGUGAUCGUGGUAUAUUGUCCCGUUGGCGAUGUGACCGGUUUUGAAAGUGACGUGCUCUUUUCCGUACUCAUUAUCGCGUCCGUACGCGCACCACGGUUUGUAAAUCGGACCGCCAUUAACGCGCAUUUUCAAACAUCCGACGCGGGGAACGCGUCUCCCGGCGUGCAUCGCGUCUGUCACGUUCCCCUCGCAAUUCAAUCGCAUACACAUCCCAGAAGGACCGUACAUCGUUCGUUGCCCCGGGUAACGUUCGAUCAGUGUUCGAUCUUCCUGCAUCGGUAGAAAACCGCCUGUUUCGGAGUGCGGGAACGGGCGUUCAAACUAGGAUGAAUUCGUGCUCGUACGAUCAGUGUCAACGACAGUGUCAAUCCGGUUAAUCGCAGUGUCUCGCAACGACUGACAUUAAUCUGGUAACAUUGGAGCGGCAUCGGUCUGCCGCGCGCGCGUGCAAACGGUAAUUUGCAACGGAGUGUGAAAGCGAUCGUCUCGAUUCUUACGGCGAAAGUGAACGACGGAUGUUAGCGAGUAGGUGAGCAGCGGUGAGGGGUGAAAAAGCGAAUCAUUCGUAAAGAAGCGUUUUUCGAUCGGAGGAAGAGGAAGGCCGGCGAAACAUGUCGAGGCUGUUGAAAGGCGAACCGACGGGCGGUUAUGUCAUUGACUCGAACGCGGCUCGUCGAAUGUAUUAACCCGUCCGCCGAUGACGCGUGUCGUGUCGUAAAAGAAGAAGGAAUCGGCGGCGGAGGACGAGCACGGAAUCCGUCGGUGGAACAACGCUCUUCUGAUCUAGCCAAAGAAAGAAAAGCAGGCCAGGCGUCGUGCCUCCCACUGCCUACCGGAAGUCAUAUGCCCAUACACGCGCGGAAAACGCGUGCAGCUUGCGAAGAAAUCGAAAUGGUCGAGCUGUGCGGAAGCGGACCGCCGACUUCAGCGAUGGGAGUGAUGGGGAUCGGUUCGGUAGUAUCCGCGGCAACGUCGUCCUCGUCCUCGUCGACGACGACCACGGCCGCAUCGUCUUCAGCUUCGGGUCGCGCGGGCGUCCUCGAAACGCAAGUUCGUGGCCAAUGGUACCGCGUGUUCGUCUCGCUGGAAGACGAUUACUUGAGCAUCUCGUUGGACGAGAGCUGCGAGACGGGCAACAAUGCCUUGAACAACGGUAACAUCAACAAUAACAACGUAGACAGCCUGAACGAUCCAGACGUGCCGGAUUCGGUGGCGAAUCAGAAGCGGAUCGUGCGCGUAGUGAAAAGCGACAACAACGGCCUCGGUAUAUCGAUCAAGGGCGGCAAGGAGAACAAAAUGCCGAUCUUGAUCUCGAAGAUCUUCAAGGGGAUGGCGGCCGACGCCACGGAACAACUAUACGUGGGCGACGCGAUACUGGCCGUAAACGGGGAGGAUCUGCGAGAGGCGACACACGACGAGGCGGUGAAGGCGCUCAAGAGGGCUGGCAAGGUCGUCGAGCUUGAAGGUAAGAUAGUGUUCGAGAGUAAUAUCAUUUCCGAAAUGAACGGGGGUCGCGACAACGAUAAGGGAAGAAGUGCUUGGCCGCUUAUCCGAACUACUUAAUGAUCAUUAAAGUGGUGGCUGUCGUGCGAAACGUUCGAGAGAAAUGCCGCCGUUCCAGCUGGCCUCCAUCUGCGCCGUAAUUAGUAGGUAAACGUUCCUAUAAAUUUCCCAGCAACUCGUCCGUCGACUAAUAACAAAAAAGCUAGGAAAAAGCGACCAAACAAGUUCGGAGAAAUUCCGGAUAUCGUUAGGUGUGAAGUGAUCAUGAAACAAACGUUCUCGUAAGAUUAACUGGUACUCUUCGUUCUUAGAUUCUGGCCUACUUUACUU